UUGUAGAACACAAGUGCAACAUGUGGAAUGUUGUUGAUGCACGCAUCUAAUUUGCAUUAAAAUCUAUUAAAUUGAGUUUCCGUCGAUAUUUCUGGGUUGAUAGACAAAUUACCGUGUAAAAGGUCUCAACAUGAGCAAAGCAAAGCGUCCGAAAUUUGACGAUAGUGCCGCGUUGGAAGCGAUUUCCAUCGACACAGAUGACGAAACGAUUGAAUUGGAUUCGAACGGAUCAUCGAAUACGCAGAGGCAAAAGGAAGAACGUGAUCAGCAAUCGGAUACACAGAAUCAAGCGAUGGUUCCAGAGACGAUUCAUGAACGGGUGCAACAUGAAAAUGAAUCGGAAUCGAAACAUGUCUCAAUUUACGAUCCGACGCAUGAUCAAAACCACGAUGCGAGCCAAAAUGAGGAUAAGAAUGCACAAAAUGGCGCCAAGCCAGACGGCCAACAUGACGACCAAUAUGAUGAGCAAGCUGCCAAAAAUGUAAGCUCAACCGACGCUUUCACUGAAAAUGAAUCGCGCAUCACAUUGGCAACGUUGCUGCCGGAUUGUUUGGAUGAAAUAUUCAAUUUUUUGCCAUCGGCUGACAUAAAAUCGGUGGGUGCAACGUGCAAAGAGCUGCAUAAAGUCACGGCCGAUCAUUUCAAAUUGAAAUACCCAGCGAAAAAGAUGAAAAUCCGCAUGCCGCUGUCAUACUUCAAACCAAGCACAACGAAUGGUUUUGGCCCAUACUAUCGCAAUGUAUUUAUCGAAGAUGCUGACAUUCAAAUCUUCACACUAUUGGCUGAGAUUUGUGAAAAUCCCAUGGCAAAUCCAUUGAACAAAAUUCAAUUCGGUCAGAAGACGCAUCGCAAGAAGAUUUCCACCGGAUUCGGAGCACGCAUAAGAGACCAACUGAAGACAGUCGCUUCAAUUGAAUUCCUCGGUUGCAAAAUUGACGGUGACGUGUACCAGUUGAUACUACAGUUUACCGAAAAAUUGCGGCGUUUAUCGAUUCGAAAUUAUGCACACGAAGGUAUGCACAUUGGGAUCAAUGACGAUUGGCUACGAAAGAAAUAUCGUACGCUAGAGCAUUUGGCAUUGGUGAAAAAUCCGACGAAAAUCGAACAGCUCAAACCAUUUUUUGAGAAGAAUCGUCACAUUAAGAGCUUCACCACCACCAUGUCAAUUGUUUGGUUGAAUAAAACUGUAUUCCAGAGCAGCGUUAUCGAUUUGCAUGAGCUGAACAUUGAAUUGAGCCUCGAUGAAAAAUCGCACUUGAAAUUGUUUGUCGGAUUUUUAAACAAGUUGCAUCGAUUGGGCCGAUUCAAGAACUUGAAAUUACGUCUCGUGGAUGCAAGCAUUCUCACGCAAAAUGUCGACGGUAUCGCCUCAUUGAACGGCUUGAAUGGCAUUUACUUCGAUUGUGAUGUCAUCAUCAAUGAUGAAUUCACCACGGCCCUGGCUUCGUUGGAUAAAUUGACCACAAUCUACAUUCGUCAACCGAUUGAAGCUGAACCGACCAGCAAAGGCAAUCUAUUCCAUGGUAUAGCCAAUAUUGAGACCAUCUACAUACAAACAAUCAAAGCCGAUCUGUUUGAUGAUCAAAUUUUGCCCAUCGUUCGACAAUCACCGAAAAUAUGCAAAAUUUUCAUUCGCAAAGUCACAGGCGAUUUGGAUUUGAAGAUGAUCAAAAUAAACGACACCAGAAUCAAAUUGAGGGAUGUCAUAAAAGUGAAGGUCUUUUUGGAUGAUGACACAUUUCUGAAAAUCAAAUGGAAGUACGUGAACAUUGAACUUCCAGCAAUUGAAGUGAAACGAGCCGAAUCGGAUCUCACUAAUCACCCGUUUGCAUUGCACGACGAAUGACCUAGGUAACGUCGAUUUGACAUUGGACUUUGAUUACAUUCAUACUCAGGAAAUUUCAUGAAUUGAAUAAGAUUUUUGAACUAUUUUUCAUUAAAUCAGAAAUCGUUACUAACGAAGUAAAACAAAAAAAUAAACCAAGACAAACUAAAUUGAUAAAACAUGAAAAAAAAUGAAGAAAAAAAGAAUGCGAAUUAGGAAAUAAAAAAAUACAAUAAAUGACAUAGGGGGAAAAAAUGUAAAAACAAAGCAAAUUCAGUUAGAUUUCAAACGAUUUAGUAGACCAUAGACGAAAACUUUGCAUUUUCGAAUGAAGAUGCCAGAAUAUGCGAUUUUUUUCUGCAAAAAAUGUCAAAACCAAUUACUUUUUGUUAUUUCAAUGUUUUUUUCGAACAUUUCCCAGAAAGAAAAAAAACUCCUUAAUGAUAUAAAAUGUUGACUAGUUUGAUAGAAACAAAAACUAUAAUUUGAAACAUUCUUGAAUUUUUCAUGCCAAAUUCGUCAUUCAUACGUCAUUAUCAUCAUAUUUUUUCGUCAUUUUCCGCUUACAUUUAGAAAUUUAAGAACAGAAAAGACGAUAAUUAAAAUAUUAAUGCUAACUUGUCAACAAGUUUAUGUUUUUUCAAAAAAUGUGAAAUGAAAAACCGAAAUAAAUUGUAAACAAGAUAAAGACAAAUUGAAUUAUAAUAAGAACUUAAA